AUGUCAAGUGCAAGUGCAAGUACCAAUAUGACGCCGUUAAAGCGCAACAAGCGUAAACAACAAUCAGAAGACCCUUCUCUGAUUACAGCUAAAUCACAACGUGUCAAUCAACAAGUCGUGCAGGAAAACUCUGCACUAAAUGACUUUGAUCUUCUUUCGUUUUUGGAAAAGGAGGACGAAGAGCCGAAUAAUGAGUAUCUGCUGAUGUUGAAGAAACACAGCAAGAUCAACAAUCAUCAUCUGAGAGUGAUAAAAAGAAGAAGAUGGAGGAGGAAGGAGAAGAAGCGACUUGGAAGGCAUGGGCAGAAAUUGGGAAAAGCAAAUUCUUGCCGACCAAAACUGCCAACCAGUUGA